CAUGAUCUGAUUUAUAAUUGUUGCGUGACCCAAAACUGUACAGUAAUUAAAACGACAUACAUCUAUAGUUGCAGCCAUUACUCCAUCAACUCUCGCUUAUAAUGUUAACUGGCACCAGGCAAGGUUUUGGAAGACACAUCUGAAAAAAGUGAGAAAAAAGAUUGAAAUGGUUCAACAUGUGGCACUGAGUUAACACAAAACCAUAGUUUACAAACAAACACUGAGAGUAGGAGUUUUUUUCUUUGUGACUGUUCAAAGAAGAUAAAUAUGUCACAGAAUGGGAGUGACGAAGUGAAGCAAUUCAGGUGUGAAGUAUGUUCCAUUGACUUUAUGGAUAACCAGCAUUUACUGAGCCACAUGAAAAAACACAAGGGCGAGAAACCAUUUACAUGUGAAACAUGUGGCGCUGGAUUCGCUCAGCGAUGUCAUUUACAAUACCAUGUGCGCAGACACACAGGUGAGAAACCAUUCAAGUGUGAGACCUGUGAUGCAGCUUUUGCACAAGGAACUGAUUUACGAAAACACAUACGAAUACACACAGGGGAGAAGCCAUACAAGUGUGAUUCAUGUGAUGCGGCUUUUACUCAAAAGCAACACUUAAAAGGACACAUGAGGAUACACACUGGAGAAAAACCAUACAAGUGUGAGACAUGCAGUUCAGCUUUUGCACAUAAAAGCCAUUUACUGUUACACAUGACAAAACACACUGGUGAGAAGCCAUACAAGUGUCAAAUCUGUGAAAAUGGUUUUAAUCAAAAGUCAUAUUUACGAGUUCACAUGAGACUUCACACAGGAGAGAGGCCAUACAAAUGUGAGACAUGUGAAGCAGCUUUUAAUAAUAACUAUCUUUUAAAGGCUCACAUUCGAGUACACACUGGAGAAACACCGUUCAAGUGUGAAAUGUGUGCUAAGAACUUCUAUUCAAAGGCAAAUUUACAGGUUCACAUGCGUGUUCACACAGGGGAGAAGCCAUUCAAGUGUGACACAUGUGGCGAGGCUUUUAAUCAAAACCUUCAUUUGCUAGCGCACAUGAGAACACACACUGGAGAAAGGCCGCACAAGUGUCUUAUCUGUGAAAAAGGAUUUUCGCAGAGUACUCAUUUAAAGGUUCACAUGAGGCUUCACACAGGAGAGAAGCCGUACAAGUGUGAGACAUGUGGUGAAGCUUUUGUUAGGAAAAUUGUGUUAAAAAGACACAUGAAACUUCAUACAUAAAAGAAGGCAUUAAAGUUUCAGUUUACUCUUUGUUUGGAAUUUAUUAUAGCAUGUAUAAUUAUGCAUUUUAGCUCGGCUGUUUUUUCAAAGAAAAAAGUUGAGUGAUUGUGGUUACGGGCCAUGGUGAUGUCUUCGUCAUGUAAGGUUGGCCUUAACUCCAAAAAUAUUAAGGGUACUCAAUUGCAUGUUGCCAGAGAAGGUACCGGGUAUUAGCCAGUGCAUCAAUGCUCAUAAAAAACUCAUUUGAAAAGUUGUUGAGUUAUGCCGCUUUUUAGACAAAAAACAUGACGGUGUUUCAACCAGACCAUAUUCAUUCAUUCUGAUGACUGUUUAAGAAAAGACAAAGAAAAAAAUCUAUAUAAAACAUCUAUGAUCUAGGACUCGCUCAUGUUUUGGCACCAAAAUAUUUCCCCCCCGGUAAUGCAUCUGAAAACACUUAUAUUAUGAAUUUUUUUCUCUUUGAUACCGAUAUUAAAUCUAUUUUACUCUUAGAUAUCAAAAUUGCAGAAGAAAUACACUUUAAGUAUAAAAAAAUCUGGUUUUAAUGGGAUGCGAUCCCAAGCUGUAACAGUCGAGGGAAAAUUAGAGACCGGCCAACAAAACAUUAAUCCCAAAAGGAUUUUACACAAACAUAAGGACAAAUUAACCAUCCAGGCUUUUCUUGAACCAUGAUGCUUACACUAUUAAAAAUUGUGGGCAUGAAAGAUAAUAUAUGAUCAUAUAUCAACAUUUGUUGAAGUGUUCCAGCCAUUAGCAUCUUAGUUUUAACCCCCUAAUGAUUUACCAUACUUUAUUUUGUCAUACAAAGAUUAAGUGCAUUUUACAAAAUCUUAAUUAAUUCCCUUUAAACAUCUUUGAUAUUAUUUUCUUCAGGUGUGGAUUCAAACCACAACCACCAAAUUUGUUAAAAUAGUUCAUACCAAUAUUCUGAGGUUAUAAGUACUCUUUAAAGAGGGUUAAACCCUCAGUGAACUGUGUUUUACUGACAGUUUCAAGGCAAAAACUCCAUCAUGUAUCGAUAAAACUAUUUUUAUCCAUUUGUAGUCUGUGUGUGGUGUUCCACAAUGCACGUUUAAGUUUGUGUCUAAUAUUCUGUAUAUUUUAAAGCUGCACUCUCACAGAUUGAACGUUUUGACUACUUUUUUAUUUUUUUGUCUUGGAGCGAGCCAAUUUUUGCGAAAAUGUAUGGAAACCAGUUAUAUAAGACAGCUGACAAAACAUAGAUCGCAGAUUUUUAUAUUUAAGUUAAAAAAAUGAUGUUUUAUGCAUUUUUCUUUAACCGUUAGCACCGGUUUAAGCCAUUAAACAUUAAUUUUCGAAUGGAAAUAUGCAAACCUGCGAUCUGAUCUUUUGUCAGCCGUCUUAUAUCAUUGGUUUGCAGAUAUUUACGCAAAAUUUUGCUCUUUCCAAGACAAAAAAUUAAAAAAGAUGUAAAAACGUUCAAUCUGUGAGUGUGCAGCUUUAAGUCCUGUCUAUGUACCUCUAAACAGGGUUUUUACUUUAAUUUUUAACUAGAUGGGUUGUCCCUUUAGUUUUCCAUAUAUUAUUGAAAAAGAAAAAUGUAACUAUUAGUACUUAUUUAAUGGAGAUGAUACAAUAAAAUUAUUGAA